GUGCAGUGAUUUCUCCAGAUUCUCUGAACUUUUUGAUGAUUUUACGGACCGUAGAUGGUAAAAUCCCUAAAUUCCUUGCAAUAGCUGGUUGAGAAAUGUUCUAAAACUGUUCGACAAUUUUCUUACGCUCCCCCCGUCCUUGUUUGUGAAUGACUUAGCAUUUCAUAGAAGCUGCUUUUAUACCCAAUCAUGGCACCCGCCUGUUGCCAAUUAGCCUGCACACCUGUGGAAUUUUCCAAAUAAGUGUUUGAUGAGCAUUCCUCAACUUUAUCAGUAUUUACUGCCACCUUCUUUGUCACGUGUUGCUGGCAUCAAAUUCUAAAGUUUAUGAAAAACUUCAAUCAAUCAAUCAACGUUUAUUUAUGUAGCCCUAAAUCACAAGUGUCUCAAAGGGCUGCACAAGCCACAACGACAUCCUCGGUAGGCCCACAUAAGGGCAAGGAAAAACUCACCCGACCAUGAUGACUAUGAGAAACCUUAUUGGGGUGUUACUAUUUAGUGGUCCACUGUACGGAAUAUGUACUGUACCGUGCAAUCUAAUAAUAAAAGUUAAAACAAUCAAUCAAAAGAUUAAUCACAAUAAAUACGGCGUUUAUUGUAUUUUCAGAUUAACAGCGCAGUUUGUUUUGACGAGAAUCUACAUUGAGCUCCUCCACAUUAACUGUGAAUGUUUACUUAAAAGGGAAACAUCCAUCCAUCCAUUUUUCUACCGCCCUUAUAAGUUUAGAUAACACCUUCACCAGGUUUUGAGCAAAUAAAAGAACAGUAAAAUAAGUCAAACUUUAAAAAAAAAAAAUGACGUUCAUGUGAUAAAUGUGCAUUUGUGUCAAAAUAUUGUGGUCUUUAUUUAAAUUACGCAAGUGGGUCAUUUACUGGGGCGAAUCCACGUUUUAAAUGGCCGCACUAAUACUGAAUGCACACGUUAAAGCAAGUAUUUUUGGGCGGCUUUUAUUUUGAAACUCACACGGCGGAUGUUUUGGGACGCGUGCGCGCGCACGUCAGACGCACACACACACUCCCUCGCCGCUGCCAGCCUCGUAGUAGCAACACUUGACUUCUGCGUGGAGGUGUGAACCUUCCGGACCAUGAACCCGUCCGCCUCCAUCACGUCGUUGUUCUCCUUCACCAGCCCUGCCGUCAAGCGACUGCUGGGCUGGAAGCAGGGCGACGAGGAGGAGAAGUGGGCGGAGAAGGCGGUGGACUCGCUGGUGAAGAAGCUGAAGAAGAAGAAGGGCGCCAUGGAGGAGCUGGAGCGAGCCCUCAGCUGCCCGGGACAGCCCAGCAAGUGCGUGACCAUCCCCCGCUCGCUGGACGGCAGGCUGCAGGUGUCGCAUCGCAAAGGUCUCCCCCACGUCAUCUACUGCCGGGUGUGGCGCUGGCCGGACCUGCAGUCACACCACGAGCUCAAGGCCCUGGAGUGCUGCGAGUUCCCCUUUGGCUCCAAGCAGAAGGACAUCUGUGUCAACCCCUACCACUACCGCCGUGUGGAGACCCCAGUUCUGCCUCCCGUCCUGGUCCCGCGCCACAGCGAGUUCAACCCCCAGCACAGUCUCCUGGCCAAGUUCCGCAACGCCUCCCUGCACAACGAGCCCUUGAUGCCGCAGAACGCCACCUACCCAGAGUCCUUCCCGCCGCUGCCCUUCUCCUCGUCCUCGUCUCCGUCCUCGCAGAGCUACCCCGACUCCCCCGCCAGCUCCGCCGAGCCCGGCAGUCCCUACCACAUCGCAGAGACUCCGCCUCCCCCGUACAGCAUGAUGGAGACCAGCCCCCAGGAGGACGUGAAGCCCGUCCACGCCACAGAGACCACCAAACUCACCUUCUCGGCCCCACACAGAGAUUUGCGGCCGGUGUGCUACGAGGAGCCCGAGUACUGGUGCUCCAUCGCGUACUACGAGCUCAACAACCGGGUGGGGGAGACCUUCCACGCCUCGUCCCGCAGCAUGCUGGUGGACGGCUUCACAGACCCGUCCAACAACAAGAACCGCUUCUGCCUGGGCCUGCUGUCCAACGUCAACCGCAACUCCACCAUCGAGCACACGCGCCGCCACAUCGGCAAAGGCCUGCACCUGUACUACGUGGGCGGGGAGGUGUACGCCGAGUGCCUGAGCGACAGCAGCAUCUUCGUGCAGAGCCGCAACUGCAACUUCCAGCACGGCUUCCACGCCACCACCGUCUGCAAGAUCCCCAGCGGCUGCAGCCUGAAGAUCUUCAACAACCAGCUCUUCGCCCAACUGCUGGCCCAGUCCGUCAACCACGGCUUCGAGGUGGUCUACGAACUCACCAAGAUGUGCACCAUCCGCAUGAGCUUCGUCAAGGGUUGGGGGGCAGAGUACCACCGCCAGGACGUGACCAGCACCCCCUGCUGGAUCGAGGUGCACCUGCACGGGCCCCUGCAGUGGCUGGACAAGGUCCUGACCCAGAUGGGCUCGCCGCACAACCCCAUCUCCUCCGUGUCCUAGCGCCGCCUCUACUGCUACCCCCCACCCCCCACGUUCCCAAACCUCUUGUUUACUGUAAGACUGAAUCUCAUUUAGCUGGUGGUCAUGGCACUUUGUGUGUGAUAAUAUUAUUCUAUUUAAACUUACUGACCAAUGUUUGGAUGAUGUGUUGUUUAUUCUCUAUUAAAGUUUUCUCCAAUGA